UAGGAAAAGUAGUUAUAUCAAUAUUUAGCCCUAACAAAAAAAAAAAAAAAAAUUAUAAUUCAAGCGACGGUUUGACAGGAGAAAAAAUCAAUUGGCAGUUCGACCAGCCGCAGCAGCUAAGAUUGUCAAAAAUCCUCUUGAAUCAGUCGACGAACGCUUCAAUUUUUGAGUACUUGAACGCUAAAGCUUACUCAGCAGUCGAAGGACCGAAGAUUCCCAAAAUCCCCACAAAAUUUUGAGUAAAAAAGUUUAUCAAUGGGAGUCCAACAAGACCUGGUGGUUCCUUCGGGUUUGAUCGCCGAGGAGCCAUGGGAACCAGCGCCUCAAUCAAACCCUUGGUUCAUCGGGAUUCAUCGGUGGAACCAAGCUGAGAAAGCUGCGGAGGGGAUAAUUUCGAAGUUUCAGCCAACUAUUGUUGCUGAAGGGAAAAGAGAUGCAGUAAUCAAUUAUUUGCAGCGGUUGCUCAAGGAAAAUCUUGAUUGUGAGGUGUUUGCUUAUGGAUCAGUUCCUUUGAAAACCUAUCUUCCAGAUGGAGAUAUUGAUUUAAGUGCAGUUGGUGUAAACACACAUGAUCUCAUAAAUGAAAUUGCAUCAUUACUUGAUAGAGAAGGGAAAAACAAUUCAGCAGAGUUUGUUGUUAAAGAUGUUCAACUUAUUGGGGCUGAGGUUAAGUUGGUGAAAUGCAUGGUGCAAAAUCUUGUGGUUGACAUUUCAGUCAACCAAAUCGGUGGACUUUGCACUUUAUGUUUUCUUGAACAGGUGGACCGCGUAAUCAAGAAAGACCAUCUUUUCAAAAGAAGCAUAAUUUUAAUAAAAGCAUGGUGCUAUUUCGAGAGCCGCACACUUGGUGCACAUGUUGGUUUAAUAUCAACAUACGGAUUAGAGACUUUAGUUCUUUAUAUCUUUCAUGUCUUUCAUACAUCAUUAGACGGCCCCCUCUCCGUUUUAUAUAAAUUCUUGGAGUAUUUCAGUACGUUCGAUUGGGAUAAAUAUGGUAUCAGUUUAAUGGGCCCCAUUAGAUUAUCAGAGUUGCCAAGAAUCGUAGUUGAGAGACCACCAAAUAGCAAUGAUCUUUUGCUUGAAGUUGGUUUCCUUAGGCAUUGUUGUGAGAAGUUUUCAGUUCCCAUGAGACCUGGUGAUUUAUUUUACAAAAAGCAUCUUAAUAUUGUUGACCCGUUAAAUGACCAUAAUAACCUCGGGCGUAGUGUUAGCCAAGGAAAUUUUUUUCGUAUCCGAAGUGCGUUUAAUUAUGGGGCAAGAAAACUCGAACAAAUCCUCAUGGCUCCUGAAGAUAAACUCUCCAAUGAGCUUCUUUCUUUCUUCUCAAAUACAUUAAACAUGCAUGGAAGUGGUCAAAGACCCGAUCUUCCCGAUAAUAUUCCAAGGGCAGAAAAGUCAUUUCCCAUAGCUCAAACAACAAGAACCUCUAACGAUGAAAACGGGUCUCCAGGGAACCCGAUUUCCAACGAGGAAAAAGACGUUUCUGCCCCUGCGAAUGAAGGAGAAGUUGCUAUACCAUUUUAUGCCCCACAUCUUUUAUUUAAUUACUCAAAGUUGGUUAAUAAGACAGAAAAAGACGAAAUUGUUGAAGAAAAUGAAUCAAAGGAGAUUGAAGAAGGUCUAAAUUUGGGUCAAUCUGAACCGUUGGAUCUCACCGGAGAUUUGAUGUCUCAUUUGGUGUGUUUAGAUCAUGUCCGGUGGUGGAAUACUUAUGUUUUGGGUCCACUGCCGCCCAUGAUGGGGCCACCACCGCCACCGCCGCCUAUUUUAUUGAGUAUGAUUGCAUCUGAACAUGGCGGCAUGAAUGGUGUUGUCCGCCAUCCACGGUUCCACCACCCACCACCACCACCGCUGCCUUUUGUUCCAAAUGACCGAAGAGGGGCAAUUUCGUACUUUCCCGAUUCGAAUAAUCGAUCUCGACAUGGAUACCACACUUCAACAUCAAAUGCAACAAACACAAAAACGGGGCCCACCGAUUUCACCACCCCAGCCGAAUCGGUUAGCCGCCCUAUGCAACAACCAAGAGAGCCUUUGUCACACAGAAGGCGACACCAGAACCCGAACCGAAACGGAUCCCCGAGGCCCAGACCCGUUUCUGGUAUGGAUAGGUUUAAUGUACAAUCCUCGUAUCAUCUAAAAGACGAAGAAGAUUUCCCGCCUCUUUCCUAACCGAAAUAUAACCGGAAGAUGCUUCGGUUUUUGACAGCUGGAUUUUUGUUUUGUUUUUUUUUUUGGGGGAUGGGGGAGGUUGCUUGUUGUGCAUGUAAUAUAUAUAUGCAUAGAAUGUUAUAAUUU